AUGAGGCGGCUGCGGCGCUGGGCGUUCGCGGCGCUGCUGCUGCUGCUGCUCCCCUCGCCGGGUGUGGGCACUUGGGGUCCUGCUGGAGCGCUGCGCUGGAGGGUCUCUCCACACUUGGGGGUUCCGGAAGCCCCGGAGGUCACAGAGCCCAGCCGUCUGGUGGGGGAGAGCUCCGGGGGAGAGGUCAGAAAGCAGCAGUUGGAUACCAGGGUCCGCCAGGAGCCUCCGGGCGGCCCGCCUGUCCAUCUGGCCCAGGUGAGCUUCGUCAUCCCAGCCUUCAACUCCAACUUCACUCUGGAUCUGGAGUUGAACCAUCACCUUCUCUCUUCACAAUACGUGGAGCGCCACUUCAGCCGGGAGGGGCUGACCCAGCACAGCACCGGUGCUGGAGACCACUGCUACUACCAGGGGAAGCUCCGAGGGAACCCCCACUCCUUUGCUGCCCUCUCCACCUGCCAGGGGCUGCAUGGGGUCUUCUCUGACGGGAACUUCACCUACAUCGUGGAGCCCCGAGAGAUGGCCGGGCCUCGGGAAAACGCCCAGGGACCCCUUCCCCACCUCAUUUACCGGACCCCUCUCCUCCCAGCCCCCCUCGGAUGCAGGGAACCAGGCUGCCUGUUUGCUGCGCUGGACCAUGCUGCUCCUCCGGACAGGCCAAGGCUGAGAAGGAAAAGGCAGGUCCGCCGGGGCCACCCCACAGUGCACAGUGAGACCAAGUACGUGGAGCUGAUCGUGAUCAAUGACCACCAGCUGUUUGAGCAGAUGCGGCAAUCAGUGGUCCUCACCAGCAACUUUGCCAAGUCCGUGGUGAACCUGGCAGAUGUGAUGUACAAGGAGCAGCUCAAUACCCGCAUCGUGCUGGUUGCCAUGGAAACGUGGGCAGAUGGGGACAAGAUCCAGGUGCAGGAUGACCUCCUGGAGACCCUGGCCAGGCUCAUGGUCUACCGGCGGGAGGGCCUGCUGGAGCCCAGUGAUGCCACCCACCUCUUCUCGGGCAGAACUUUCCAGAGCACCAGCAGCGGGGCUGCCUACGUGGGGGGCAUCUGCUCGCUGUCCAGGGGAGGGGGCGUGAACGAGUAUGACAACAUGGGGGCCAUGGCGGUGACCUUGGCCCAGACGCUGGGGCAGAACCUGGGCAUGAUGUGGAAUAAACACCGGAGCUCGGCAGGGGACUGCAAAUGUCCGGACAACUGGCUGGGUUGCAUCAUGGAGGACACUGGGUUCUACCUGCCCCGCAAGUUCUCGCGCUGCAGCAUCGACGAGUACAACCAGUUUCUUCAGGAGGGUGGCGGGAGCUGCCUCUUCAACAAGCCCCUCAAGCUCCUGGACCCGCCUGAGUGCGGGAACGGCUUCGUGGAGGCGGGGGAGGAGUGCGACUGCGGCUCGGUGCAGGAGUGCAGCCGCGCGGGAGGGAACUGUUGCAAGAAAUGCACCCUGACUCACGACGCCAUGUGUAGCGACGGUCUCUGCUGUCGCCGCUGCAAGUACGAGCCGCGGGGUGUGUCCUGUCGAGAAGCUGUGAACGAGUGCGACAUCGCGGAGACCUGCACCGGGGAUUCGAGCCAGUGUCCACCUAACCUGCACAAGCUGGACGGUUACUACUGUGAUCAUGAACAGGGCCGCUGCUACGGAGGUCGCUGCAAAACCCGGGACCGGCAGUGUCAGGCCCUUUGGGGCCAUGCGGCUGCUGAUCGCUUCUGCUAUGAGAAGCUGAAUGUGGAGGGGACAGAACGUGGCAACUGUGGGCGCAAGGGGUCGGGCUGGGUCCAGUGCAAUAAACAGGAUGUGCUGUGUGGCUUCCUCCUCUGUGUCAACAUCUCUGGAGCUCCUCGGCUGGGGGAUCUAGGGGGAGACAUCAGCAGCGUCACUUUCUACCACCAGGGCAAGGAGCUGGAUUGCAGGGGCGGUCAUGUGCAGCUGGCUGAUGGCUCAGACCUGAGCUAUGUGGAGGACGGCACAGCCUGUGGGCCCAACAUGUUGUGCCUGGACCAUCGCUGCCUGCCAGCCUCUGCCUUCAACUUCAGCACCUGCCCGGGCAGCGGCGAGCGCCGGAUCUGCUCCCACCACGGGGUCUGCAGCAACGAAGGGAAGUGCAUCUGUCAGCCAGAUUGGACAGGCAAAGACUGCAGUAUCCACAACCCCCUGCCCACGUCUCCGCCCACAGGGGAGACAGAGCGAUAUAAGGGUCCCAGCGGCACCAACAUCAUCAUUGGCUCCAUCGCCGGGGCUGUUCUGGUUGCAGCCAUCGUCCUGGGCGGCACGGGCUGGGGAUUUAAAAACAUCCGCCGAGGAAGGUACGACCCGACCCAGCAGGGGGCAGUGUGA